AUCAAAUCAUUUGUGAUUAUUAUUAGUUUUCACCAUGCUGAGUGCAACGGCAGUGACGAUGCCGAGCUUUUACGACGCUAGUAGUAGUAAAAGUAGUAGUAGUAAUAGUAGUAGCGACAGCGUGGGAGGGAGAGCGAAGGACGGCGAAGGCGAGCGAGUCGACCCAGUCGCUCAGCAAGUGACGGAACGCACGUCCUGCACCACCUCCGAGCUCGACAACGGCAGCAGCAGCAUCUCCUCGUCAUCGCCACCAACAACAGAGUCCACAGAGGACAUUCAGGAGGAGCAGCAACAACAACAACAGCGUCAACAAGCCAAAGCGGGCUUGGAAACAAAUGAGCAAACAGCCAAGGAGAAUUCGACUGACUCAGAAGCGGCUGACGAGGCAGCGUCCGCAGACAUGCCCGAGGAUAGCAGCAGCAGCAGCAGCAGCAACAACAACAGCUACAGCAGCAACAGUAGCGAGUCGACCAGUGACGAGGAGCUGGCGUCCCAAGAGCAGGACGACUCCGAUGAGGACAGCUCAAAUCAAAUCGAACCGAAAUCACGAGCUGUUGCCGCCGCCGCCGUCGCCGACCUUUCCGACAACUCGGACUACAACUCUGACCAGCAAGCAGCAGAUUCACCGCAGCCGGCAGCGAACGCGACAGAGGCAGAACUGCCGCCCAACUACCUGAGCCUCGAGAAGGAGCGCCUCUGGACCCGCUCGCGAGCGCCAAUCAAGGGAAAACAACGCAAAGAGGCCGCAGACCGCCGUCACACCUUCGCCUCCUCAGCCCCAUCCCUCACAAAGAGCGCCUCCACGUCCAACAUACUUGCUGAGCUUCCUGAGGCCUCGGAUCUCACACGAAACACCCCACCGCCGCCCAACCGCCCGCCCCCGGAGCUCAACGAAGCCAGCUCUGAUUCGUUCCGAGCCAAAGCCCUCUCGUGCUCGUCGGCGGCCGGGUACGGCAUCCGUCUAUCCGACCCAACGGAAAGUGACGCAAACAGCUCAAACGACCACCACCACCACCACCAGCAGCAGCAGCAGCAGCAGGGUGUCGGACUCAUGCAGAGUCGAGAGCUCCACUACUAUGCAAACAAAAAGUGGCAGCUCUAUCGUGUGUUUAUUCAAGACAAGGUGUUGUUAUUUUUCAAGAAUCUUUCUGCUGACAUUCACUCGGCCAUUGACAUGGCGAUUCCCUUUGAUGACACGAGCGCGGUGAUCACCGACCCGAGGCAACUUGCUGAUUUGACAAUGAAGAAUGCAUUCAAAGUGACCACGAAGACUUUAACCUUUACCUUUGCCGCAAACGAGUCUGGCGACCGUGUCUACUGGCUGAAAGCUAUCCGCGAAUCCCUGGCAUCCACUGAGCCUUGCGAUCUAGCCAAGGCGUUGCGAGGUCGAACGGCACACAACGUCUUCUUCGCAUACCAGUACAUUGUGCGCCCAACCAAAGUGGGCAAACUGCAGAAGCAGGCGCCGGGCAAGAUGGUUGGAGGCUGGAAGCACCGCACGGUUGUUUUGGACAAGGAGCUGCUCUAUUACUACGAGCAAGAUACAGAAAAGAUGUUUGUUGCAAAAGGUGUCUUCAAUGCGAAAAAGUAUCGCGCAGAACUGGACGCCAAAGACCCCAACAAGUUUACGUGCACACCUCGCACAGCACAGGUCCGCAAGCUCGCGGCUGCAGACAAUCGCAAGGAAACACCGAGUGACAAGGACAAGAGUCGUGUCUUUACCUUCUGGUCGGCAGAAGCCAAAGACGCAAAAGAUUGGGUCAAGCAAAUCAACGAGUUGAGCGACCCAAAAACCACAACAAACACUCUGCCGCUCGACCCCAAACAGGACGACAGUGCAGCCGCCCUGAAGCCCCCGGUGGCCAAAAGAACCUCGCUCCUGCCCAAUUCUGUCACGGCAGCAGAACCUGUGUAUGUCUCGCCCCCUGGUCGUCCAACGCGUGCCGUGCCUCGGCCGCAAUCGGGAGACCAAGCGGCAACGGCGCCUCUUUCCAUAACACCGGCAGCUUCUUCAUCCGAUGUGGGCGACACUCCACCGGUUCACUUGUACUCGGAAAUUGGUCCACAAACUACGCGCCAGGCGUCGGCUCCUCCUCCCCCUCCGCUAUCUGUUCGCCCAAAUCUGGCGCAACACCUGGAGCCUGCCCCACGCAGCCCGUUGUCGCCUCCAUCGACGCCAACCGACGUUCGAGCUGCCAUUCGGCAAGCCGUGCUUGGGGCGCAGGUGUUGGGGAAGGGAAACUUUGGUACCGUCACCAAGGCAACACUCACGGCGGAUCUCAUCCCGCGACAGUUCAGGGAUAGCCUGGAGGACGAAGCGUUGGAGGUCGCCGUGAAGACGUUGAACACUUCCCUCCAGACCGACACCCACGCCCAAGCGGAAGCCAAGACUUUGCGGAAACUUCGGCAUGUCAACAUUGUGCAAUGCGUGGAGAUUCUGGACGAAGCCUCGCCAACCUUGCUUGUCCUCGAGUUUGUGCGGUAUGGCGAUCUGCAAAAGCUGCUGCAGCACUCCACAACACGCAGCAUUGCCUGGAAUCUGAGCGAGCAAGUAAGCGUUCUCGGUCAGAUUGCCACCGCCAUGCAGUAUCUCGUGUCGAUGAAAAUCGUGCACCGCGACCUGGCCGCCCGAAACUGCUUGGUGGGUGCGGAGCUGCAUGUCAAAGUCGCCGAUUUUGGUCUCGCGAAAACCGAACCCAUCUAUGCGUUGAAAUCGAAAACGUUACUUCCAGUGCGGUAUUUGGCACCAGAGUGCUUCGAUCACGCAACAUUUGACGCCAAGACUGACGUGUGGUCCUACGGUGUGCUUAUUUGGGAGGUGUUCACAUACUGCGCACGGUUGCCGUACGAGGAGCUCAACACGGAGAAAGCAAUCAAGGCGCACUUGGACGCCGGCAAGCGGCUGGAGCUCCCCGCCGGAGCAAGUGAAAAGGUCACGGCGCUGUUGACAAAAUGCCACAACCCCGUUCCCUCCGCUCGUGCUAGCUUUAGCAAACUCAUAGCCGCCAUCGAAGAGAUGGUGGAGGAAGAUUCGCUGACCGACAUUCGCCCCAACCUUCCGGAAUUGAUUCUUCCAUCACAAGCAUGAGCUGAGCAGGUAGUUUGGUUCCUUUUGACUCCAGCCUAUUUUUUCUUCAUUAUGACUGUAUUUGUUUUGACAAUCAGGUGGUGACGAUGCAGUGGUUUUAGUUGUUGUCUUUUGCAUAUGAUUUCUUAUUUCAUAAAUGCAACACUUUU